UCUAUCGGAAGAUUAAAAGCGAUGCACGUUUGAGCGCCAUUUUGGUUGCAUUUGAGGAGCCUUCUUGACACCCAGCAUGUCUGAGUGCCGUGAAGGUGAAUAAUCCGUCGGAUGGCUUCGUUGCGUGUAGUGAGGAGGAUGUUCUCCGCCGCGGCGGGUCCUGCCGCCAGCAGCCGAUGGCUGAGGCUGAAGAACAGUAAAGCAGGCGCGUGGUGCCGCGGCCUGUUGUCUGACUACGUGGCGGCGUGUCGGGAGAUGCUGGUGGCCUCGUGGGAGCGGCCGCUCAGGGCCUCGGCGUACGGCGCCGCGCUGGCCGGGCUCUGGGCUUGUUCCCGCACGCGGCCCGACCGCCCGUCCUUCGAGGCCGCCCUGCGGGAGGGCUCCAACCGGCUGGGCCUGCUGUCCCCGUGGAUCCGCAACGGGGCCGCCGACGGCCACGUGCAGAGCCUGGUGAAGCUGCGUGACCAGGGACGGCUCCGGCACGCCAGCCUGGGCGUCCUCUCUCUGGUUUACCGCGGGGAUCACGAGCCGGACACCGACCUGUAUGAAGCCCAGUGCUCCAGCCUGGCGACCCCCUGGAGGGAGCUUCCCCGCCGGGUACUCGACGUGGGCUUCGCCGGCCGCUGGUGGGUGCUCGACUCAAAGAUGAAGGACUACGACAUCAACGAGGAUGAGUUCAAGCAUCUGCCGCCACACAUGCGGGCCACGCCCCCACCCAGCGAGCAGGGGGUGGAGAGGAGCGAGAGGUUGCACAAAGAGUCCUGGCUGGUGCUGAAGAUGGAGGAGGAGGAGACGCAGAGGGACGUAGUGGACAGAGAGGGACAAACGGCAGCAGUGGAGGGAGAGCAGACUGGAGCGUAACAUCUGGACAGUGGUUUCAUUCCCUGCAGCGCUGGAAUCCAGCUUUGACUUUUCAAACUGAUAAUACGAAUCGCAUUUCACCUCCAGAUAUCCUACAAUAAAAUAUUUACACAAGC